AUGAGAAGAUUAUUGGCUAGACUUUCAAUGAGAGGAGCUGGAGCUGGAGGGAAUGGAGAGGGUAGUGAGGGAAGUUCAUCAGAUGAAGAAACCGGUUCCAUUCUUGCUGAAAUGAAUUAUUCGGAGACUAUCAAACCAAUGGCGAUUGCUACAAAUAUGCAAUUACCAGUUUAUAAUAAUGAUUAUUUGAAAUCUGAUUCAACGACCAGAUAUUAUUGUGCCAAUUCAAUGCAGUAUACUGAGAAUUCUCACAUGUAUGCAGCAUUGGUUGGUAAUGAAAUCUUUUACUUUCCAUCUGAUUAUAUGGGAGUUAGUCAUAGGAAACAAAUCCUUUGUUGUAAAUUGUCGAGUAGUUUGAAGGAUAAGGCUGCUGACACAAACAUGAUUGAAAAACAUCGAGAUUUUCGUGUCACAACUGAGAUAUUUAAUACUACUUAUACUUGUAAAGAUAAUGUAAAGCAAGAGAAUAAUGUAUUGUUCCGAGCAUUGUGUACAGAUGAAGAAAAACACCUUGUCUAUAGCUAUGGUGGAAGUAUUUUCACUUUUGAGCGAAGUCCAACUAAUAAUUUUCACAUUUUCAAUGCCAAAAACAAAGAGUAUAGCCUAAUAGAGUUGAAGGAUUCUGAAAACUUACCCAAAUUAGAGGGUCACACAUUAAUAAGAAGAGAUGCUAACACAUUCUACACAUUUGGAGGUUUACUAGAAAAGGCAUUUUGUAACAAAAUUUUUGAAUUCAAUAUCAAAACUGGUGAGUGGCGAGAGGUUAUUGCUACAAAUCAUGAUCAAGUCAAACCAAGAUCCUAUCAUGUUGGGCAGUACGUGAAAAAGCAUGACGUUAUGGUCAUUGUUUCUGGUAAACUCAAAGUUGGUCAAUAUGCUCCAAUGACCGAUGAAAUUUUGAUCUAUCACUUUAAGGAAAAUAGAUUCCAAAUCAUUACAAACUCGCCAACCCCAUUCCACAAAAUACCAGCAUGCCAUGUUAUUCAUUCAUGUAAUUUGACUGAUAAUCAGUUUGCAUUUUAUGGUGGAUGUAAAACAACUGACUAUAACGUGGAUGAAGAUUAUGAUCCUCAUCUAUUUGUAUUCACUUUUAACAAUAGAACUGAUAAGAAAUCAACGGAUUUGACUCCUGUCGUUAGUAUGUUCAAUUUGCAGGAAAGAAUUCCUUCAUGUUACACCACCAUAGUAUAUCACAGGAAAUUCAAAUGUUUUGUUUUACUUGGUGCCAAUGCAGGUCAAAGAAAGGAUAGACUCAGUUUCUUUUAUCUAGAUCCAAUCUCUUACAAUAAUCCAAUCGAAGCCUUUGUAAAUAUGAAAUCAGUUAUGGAUUUUGAAGAUCAUUCCAGAUUGCAAGAUGUUACCCUUCAUUGUACUCAUUAA